GAGUUGUGGUCUCCACUUGGGCGUGAGAAGCCCAUGACUGCUGUGAGGGCUUGGGGCAGCCUCCCGCAUGUCCCAGGAGUGGGGACGUAGUGUGCACCGGUGCCCACUUUCCUCCGUGGCUUAUAAUGGCAACCUCUGGAGAAGGCAGCAACUCCCGUGGCAUAAUGACGCCCCAACCACCAGCGCAACUACAGGAGCUCGAGCCGAGGGUGGCCCGCAGACGCCUGUCCCAGGCCCGCCACCGAGCCACCCUGGCAGGGCUCUUCAGUAACCUCAGGAAGAUUGUUUACUCCCCCUCUGACCUCACAGCUUCAAAGUGGCAUGUACUGAAUAGGGCGAAGGAUCGUAUUGAGGAAAUGGAACAAACCCUGGAUAAUUUGCUGAAGCUUAAAGAGGCCUUGAACCUGGAGGAUGGGAAUGCAAGCAGCCUAGAGGAGGUCAAGAAAGAAUAUGUCAACUUGUGCUCCAGAAAUGACAGCCUGGUCUUUAACAGGUUUCUUGAGAGUGGUUCUGUCCCCUGGUACCCAAGGGAGGCAGUCGGAAAGAAUGAGGAGGAAGAGGAAGAUGAGGAUGAGGAAGAGGAAGAUCAAGAGGAAGAGGAAGAAGAGGAGGAGGAGGAGGAGGAAGAAGAGAAAAAAGUGGAGCUCUUACACUCCCCAGUCACUUUGUCACCAGACCUCAUGGAAUUUGAACGGUAUCUCAACUUUUACAAGCAGACGAUGGACCUUCUGACGGGGAAUGGGAUCAUCUCUUCUCAGGAAGUGACGCUUCCCAUCGUCUCCGCGGCCAUCUCCCACCUGUGGCAGAACCUCUCUGAGGAGAAGAAGGCCAGCCUCCUCCAGAUCUGGGCACAGAAGCAGCGUGGCCUCCUGAUCCUUGAGGGGGAGCCAGCUUGCGCCGAGGGCAGCAUGAAGGACAGUGGUGUCGACAGCCAAGGGGCCAGCUGCUCACUGGUCUCCACCCCGGAGGAGAUCCUCUUUGAAGAUGCCUUUGAUGUUGCAAGUUUCCUGGACAAAAGUGAGGCUCCGAGUACGUCUAGCCCCAGUUCCAUGUUUGCCAACUGCAACCCAGAAAACCCGGAGGAAAAGUUUCAGCUCUACAUGCAGAUCAUUGAGUUUUUUAAAGGCCUGUGCUCUGUUACCACUCAGGUGAAACAGGUGGCUAUUCCAUAA